CCUAACAAGACCCGUCCCAAAAGUCAACUUGCAACUGAAACACCUUAUAUCUUAUUAGUUUAUUUACAACUGAUCUUUAAUACUUCUUUAGUCUUACUGGCCUUUUUCUUAUUUAUGAAUUUCAUCCUCAUGAUGCGUACAGAUAUCAAUUCAAGAUUAUUAGCUCAAACUACUCAAUUACGUCAAGAAAUUCAAAUUUGUACUGAUGAGUAUCAUAACAAUCGAUGUUUUCCUGUUGCUCAACGUACUAAGUUUAUUGAACAACAUUGUAUCGAAUGGGAAAAAUGUAUGAAUCAGAAUCCUAAUUUGCUUAGUAAAUCAAAGAUUGGAGCUGAAACCUUUGCAGAAGUGAUGAAUGGAUUUGUGGAUGUGAUCUCAUGGAAAACGAUGAUUUUCAUUCUUUCUCUGAUUUCGGCUGGGAUUUAUGUGACUAAUUUAGCCAUGAAUUCGUAUAAAGCUAAAUGGAAU